ACCGUCAGUACCCCACAACGUACACUCCGACAUGGCCGCCAAGCUCAUUGUUUUCGCCGCCGCUUUGGCUGCUGCCAACGCUGGUCUUCUCGCCGCCCCCGCCUACGCCCCCGCUGCGUACGCCGCCCCCUACGCUCACGCUCCCGCCGCCGUCACCUCAUCUUCCGCCAACAUCCUGAGGUCUCCCGGUAACCUGGGACAGGUCUCCACCUUCACCAAGACCGUCGACACCCCUUACUCCAGCGUCAGCAAGUCCGACGUCCGUGUGAGCAACCCCGGAUACGCCACCUACGCCGCCCCCGCCUACCACGCUCCUGCUGCCUACGCCGCUCCCGCUGUCGUUGCCAGGCCCGCCGUUGCCGCUUACGCCGCUCCUGCCUACGCCGCCCCCGCUUACGCUCCCCGUGCUUACGCCGCCCCCGCCGUCGCUCACGGAGGUCUCCUUGGAGUCGCUUACUCUGCUGCCCCCGCCGUCUCUCACAUGUCCUUCGAUGGCUAUGGCAUCAACUACGUCUACUAAGUGCUAUACACCCCAUCUUUCUUCUACCCUCUUCUCACUUUCCUCUCCACGUUACCAAAUCUCAGUUCCUUCUAUUUAUUUUAUUUAUAAAUAAUGUGAUAAAUAAACUUAAUCAGUCUUUGAAAA